CCCGUCUCGCCUUUUUUAUUCGCGAGACCGAGCUCCGCCCCGGAGCAGGCCAGACAGGCGGCCGCGCUGGUGCUGGGUUGGCGUAGCGAUGGGGUCGAGAUCCAUCCCGAUUCGGCAUUGAGUUGUUCCGCUUUGCUGAAGACUUGGGAAUGCAGAAAGAUGUGCUUGCUCAACAAGAAGCAAAUAUUCCGUGCAAACGAGACCCGGGUUUUGUUCAAGCUGAUAUUGUUGGGCUCUCAUGAGAAUGUGCUUCAUGCUGAUACCAUUCUUCUUUUCCGUAAUUUAAAGCACAGUAGAUUGAAGGCCUCUAUAUUUGUAGGCCAUCAUCUUGGAGACGACGGUUAAAAAUUCUCUUAUAUAAGUGGUGCAGUGUUUGCUCUUUAUACUAUCGUUGCACAGCUUGAUACGAUGGACGGAAGAAGGACAAUUUUGAUGGGACGUUAUGAAAUCGGGAAACAGUUGGGACAAGGAACCUUUGCAAAAGUCUUUUAUGCUCGGAAUCUUACUACCAGCCAAGCUGUUGCCAUAAAGAUGAUUAACAAGGAUAAGGUCAUGAAGGUUGGGCUCAUGGAACAGAUAAAGAGGGAGAUUUCAAUAAUGAGGUUAGUUAAGCAUCCAAAUGUUCUUCAGCUUUUUGAGGUUAUGGCUAGCAAGAGCAAGAUUUAUUUUGUCUUGGAGUAUGCUAAAGGUGGCGAGCUUUUCAACAAAAUAGCUAAAGGGGGAAAGCUCAGUGAGGAUGCUGCGAGGAAAUAUUUCCACCAAUUGAUCAGUGCUGUCGAUUAUUGCCAUAGUCGAGGUGUCUAUCACCGUGACUUGAAGCCCGAAAACCUUCUACUGGAUGAGAAUGAAAACCUUAAAGUCUCAGAUUUUGGUCUGAGUGCUCUAGCUGAGUCCAAAAGGCAAGAUGGUCUCCUCCACACCACAUGUGGAACUCCAGCUUAUGUUGCUCCUGAAGUGCUGAGCAGGAAAGGCUAUGAUGGUGCAAAGGCAGAUAUAUGGUCAUGUGGAGUGAUUCUAUUUGUUCUUGUGGCUGGUUACCUUCCUUUCCAUGACACAAAUUUGAUAGAGAUGUACAGAAAGAUUUCCAGAGCAGAGUUUAGAUGCCCUCGGGGUUUCUCUGCUGAGCUGAAGGAUCUGCUACAUAGAAUUCUUGAUCCAGAUCCAAGCACUAGAAUUUCUUUCUCAAGGAUAAAGCGGAGUGCUUGGUACAGAAAACCGGUUGAAGUCACCGCAAAGAAAAAUGAGACUGAAACACCUGAAAAUGCCUGUACAGGUGAAGCUACAACCUCUGGUUCGACAGAAUGCAGCACAUCUGAGGGGAAUCAAGGUUCAUUAAGCCUCCCAAAUUUGAAUGCAUUUGACAUAAUCUCUCUCUCAACAGGUUUUAAUCUCUCUGGAUUUUUUGAGGAUAAGUAUGGUCUCAACAGGGAAGAAAGAUUCACAACUAGGCAGUCUGUGACUACAGUAUUUGCAAAGCUGAAGGAGCUUUCCAGACGCUUAAAGCUAAAGGUUAAGAAGAAAGAAAACGGGAUCUUGAAAUUGGCAGCUCCAAAGGAAGGAAAGAAGGGGGUGCUUGAGCUUGAUGCAGAGAUUUUUGAGGUUGCCCCAUCUUUACUCUUAGUUGAGUUGAAAAAGACUAAUGGUGAUACUAUGGAGUAUCAAAAGCUAGUGAAAGAGGAGAUACGACCAGCACUCAAGGAUAUUGUUUGGGUUUGGCAAGGUGAUCAGCACCAGCACUCACAGCCAACUCUGCAAGAACAGCAGCCACGACCACUAUUCUCACCACAGCACCCACAUGAUCAGUUGCAAGCAUCCUUACCACGGCAGGAGCAGCAGGACAUACCCAAUGCACCAUUGGCACCACAAGAGCCACUGGAUCAGCAGCAAUCGCCUAUUGCCCUGGAGCAACCAGAGCAGUUGCCACCACAAGAGCAGUUGGACCAGUCGCCAUUGCCAGUUGCUCCGGAGUAGCCAAAGAACUAGUUCUAAUAGCCAACUGGUAACUCAUAUGUCCUCAACCAUAGAGUAGCUGUGCUGCUUUUACCCUCCUUUUUUUCUGUCUGCUUCUAAUUCUUCUGCAAUUGUAAAGCUGUAUGCCUGUUUGUAAUACAGAAGUGCCAUAUUUUUCAAUUUGGAAUCCACUGGAGAAUCGAUCUUGAUGUUGAACCAAAGUUUUGGAAAGAAUAACUGAAUAACAGCCAUUGACCAUAAUUUUGA